CAAAGAUAUAGUACAUAUUUUACAAAUAUUUUAAUGAAAUUUUCAAAGUAAAACAUUCAAAACUGGGCCAUUAAGACGUCAUUUCCGGCAGUCCUUCGGAAAAUGCUGUCUCAGUGAUGACGGCAGAAUUUCUUACAGGACCAACCGAAAUAAAAAGAAAAAAUUAUGUUUAUAUUUAAUACUUUAACUAGGCAUUGGACGAAGAAAAAAUCAAAAAACAAAAAAUUGGCUGACGUUAUACACAAAAAUACUAAUUUUGGUGAAAAUUUGUGACGUGUUUCUUUUUUUAAAUAGAUAUAAUUGAACAAACCCUACGUUCAAUACCGUGUAAAUUAUAUCACGAAGACCUGUGUAAAAUUUCAGUAAGAUCAGAUGAGUUAAGUUGAGUUGAGUUAAGUUCGUGAAAAAUUUUGACAACCGACUUUAAAAACAGUUUCGAGAAAAAUUCGUUUAAAGUUUAAAAUUACUAUAUUACGAGUAUAUGUAUAGCUGUACUCGAUCACCAACUUGUCAAGGCUGUGUCUCCAAAACUAUUCCUCAAAUCAACUUGAGCAUUUAGGACCAAAUUCUAGAGAUAUUGGGUAGUCAAAAAGGUCUUUUCGUAUUUUGUCAAUAGAUGUCGUUGCAGUCGUAUAACUCCAGUGCUACCAAUCACAUUGUUAUAUAUUUAAAUAAAACAAUAAUAAUUUUAAUUUUUUGAAGUCAUGAAACAUAUGUAACCCUUAAUAAAAUCGAGAUUUGUUUCUGUGCCGUUAAUCCUAUCGGUUUCGAAACAUUUUACUUCUUUAAUAAAAAGACUUAAUUUUAAAAUUAAAAUAACAAUGCUUCUCCCAUUUAAAUCAAAGUUCAUCAAAACACAAUGUGUGCGCCUUGAAGAUUUAGAUUGCUUGCACUUCUUAGUACACAAAAAAGGUAGCUUCACCGCAAUAAAAACUUUAAAAUGGCUUUUUCAACAAAGCUUUGGAAUGGGCACAUCAAUACUGUUUGUAUUUCUGUUAUUUCUUAAAUGAAAAUUGAAAACUUCAAUACUCUGCACCUUAUAUUGCUAUGCUUAUGUUUGCUUAUGUACAUGUAGUAUGUGUGUUUAUAUGCAUGAAUGCAAGCGCAUUGGUUGAAAGGUCAGGCUGCAGAUGGAAAACUUCAACAGUUGUCUAUUUACUCAGAUGCAGCACAAAAGUGUGCAACACCUCUAACAGCAAACUAGUUUCGCCCAUUGAAUGCGGGUUUGUAUUUACGUAUGUAUGUAAGUAUGUAUGUAUGAAUGUAUGAUAACUCCGUUUUUGUAAGCAAUUGUGCUUCAAAGAGAAAAAAUACCAAACAAAUGAUAUGUAAUGGAUGAUUUUUUGUUAAAUCUCCACUUUAAAAAUUAACACAAUUAUUUGUUGUUAGCUUUUUGCCUUCUCAACUAUUUACCAUUACAACCACACUUGUUUAUGAAAAAAUUUGUUAAAAAAGAUUGUAUACUCUUAAUAUUGCAUACACACCACCGAUACGAACAGAAGUCAUUAAGAGCCAUUGUUUACAAUAUGAAUUUGAAGUUGGUGUGUAAAAUCUGUAACGACUUCAGUACACAUGUAGUCGCACAGAUUAUUUAAAAAUCUUAACCUUAACCUGUCAGACCGUUCGAUUCUUCAGAAAAGGGUAUUUAUGCUUUGAUCACGAAAAGUUGAAGCUUGUAAAAAUAACAGCAAAGUUCUGCUACUUUUUUAAAGAAAAAACACAAAAACACAAAUUUAAUGGGGAAUGUUUAUUAUCAUUCGAAAGAACAUUAUUCGGCAUUUAUCUCUUUGAAAUUUGGCCGCAGCUACGUCUGAGAUGGUCCAUCCAUUGAGUCCAAUUUUCGAUGGUUCGUUCAAGCAUUUCGACUAGAAACUGGCAAAUGACACGUGUGAUGGCAAAAAAAGGCUACUAAAAAAGUAUCUCUACUUGGAUCACAUAUUAUUCUAUUCCUUGUAAGAUUGUGCAAGAUAUUUAUUUUUUGACAAUUGUUGUUCGAUUCGCAACUCUCCAAGUUUAAACGAACCCAAGACAGUUUAAUUACAAAUGAUUAAAUUCAUAAUAUAGUUGUAGGUAUAUUUCUCACUCUGGCUAAUUUGUGCGUCUGCUACUUUCGAACAUAUGCAGACUUUUCGUCAACAGAUUACCAAUAUUAUGUAUUUUAGGGAAAUACUUGAACCAAUAGCAUACUUAAAAUAUAGUGAUUACUUUAGAACAUAUACGAACUGAUUUUCUUCCGAUGCGACUGUACUUCGGAACGUGCGCGCACCGACUGGAUUCGGUAGAGCGCGUUCUUAGCUAACGAACAAGCGGUUGGUCAGUUGUCUCCGAGCACCUGGAGAGUCAGGAUAAAUAUUUUCGCGCGACGUGUUUCUGUGAGUGGUGCAAGGCGAAAAUGCAGAGGUACGCGAUUAAAUUCUGUGUGAAACUCGGUAAAUCUGCGAUAGAGACGUUUGAUAUGAUCAAGCAGGCUUACUCAGAUGUUGCUUUAGCAAGAAGUGAUGUGUUUCGGUGGCUCCAGGCCUUUUUGGAGGGCCGGGAAGAAGUCGCUGAUGAAUGAGCAAAUCCAAACUGAAAACGAUGCUAGUUAUCUUUUUUGACAUCAAAGGCAUCGUCCACCAUGAAUUUGUUCUUCCGGGACAAACGGUCAACGCCAAGUUUAACGUGGAAGUCCUCAAGAGACUCAAACGAAGGGUCAAUCGUGUCCGACGAGACAUCGCAGCCAAUUGGAAGUUGCACCAUGCCAGCGCCACACCUACAGCCGAGAGGUGUCUCACGGACUUUUUUGUUUCCUUGCCUGAAAAGGCCGAUGAAAGAGGAUCCAAACAGCAUGCACCUCGGCUCUCAAGGCUAUUCCGGAGAAUGCCUUCUGUAACGCCUCAAUGCUUGGAACUAUACGAAAAGUCUGAAAAUCUUACUUACUAUUUAUUUUAUCAAAUAUCAAAAGUAAAACAUUUCCCAAGCCCAUUCGCAUCCAAAUCGAAUAGUUAUUGAUAUUUUCCAUUAUAACCGUUAUUUUCAUAUAAAGAUAUGUAUAAAACCUUGUAAUAAAAGAAACGAAUCAAAAAAUUGUGCUUAAACACAAUAGUUAAACAACAACACUACAUCACUGAGCUCAUUCAAGCUCAAUUUACAAGCAAAAAUGGAAAGACAAAAAACGAAACAAACUAUUGCCUUAACUUCAGCCCACAUAUGCAGACCUACUAUAUAUUGUAUGUAUGUAAGCAAGGCGAUAGCAGAAACAACCACAGUGGGUACAACACAAGAUGUUGCAUGCAGCUGCGCAGCAUCUGCUGCAUUCCCAGCUGAGCUUGAACCAAAGCAAAGCAAGCCAAGCUGAGCAGCAGUCCGCCGCCAUCAAUGGCUCUGCUUGGUUAGUUGGUGAGCGCCGCUUUGGCUGCAGAGCCUCCACUACCAGUCCGCAAAGCUGCGAUUGUAGCUAGUCACUUUAGCGCAACAAGUUGAAGAUUUUUUCGACUGCAGCUUGACGCUUGCCGAUCAGUCGCCUACUCGACGGCCAAACGUGCAGUUCAUACAGCUCAUGAUGCCCAAAAAUCAAGCGCGUCCACGCUUAGUGCUUCAAUAAAAGCUUCAAUUAAAUUUAGUGAGCGUGUACUUUACACUUUAAUUCGGAAAUUUUGAGAAUGUAAAUGAAUGCGCAUUAGAAAAAAAAGUAAAAAACAAAAUAGCAGAAAAGUUUUCGAAUUUUAUUGAAAUUGGAAUUGCAAAUAAUUUUGACUUUUUGGCUACAAAACGAAAUAAAAUAAGCAAAACAAUGCUAAGUUGAUUGAAUUUGAGCGCAACAACAACAAAAAUAAAUAAUAAAGGAGGCGUGAGUCCACAGCGCAGUGCAAGUGAGAAAGUCUUCCGAUUGAUUGAGUGAAUUCCGAGAGAGUGCAAAGUGUUGGAAUUUAUUUUUAGCGUGAAGUAGUUGUUGUAUUUUAUAAACAUUGUUGCGUUCUUACAGACAUUUAUGAGUGUUUAGUGAAUUUUCUUAUCUGGCUUUCGCUUAUCACUAACUAUUCUUUGCUCCACAUUCGUUUGUUAUCAAAAUCAUUGAGCACAUUUUUCUAAAAUAAAAGCAUAAACAAAAGAAACUAAAUUAAAAAUCCAAAAAAUACUCAACAUGAUUCCCCUCGAUGAAGUGAGCAUUUACACAUUGCUGAGAAUGGCGUUCGUUUGGCAACUGCUGUCGUUCGGUGUCUAUUUGGUCGGCCUCCUGGCCAUCGCCGUAUUCUUCUUCGAUAACUUCAAAUCGGUGGUGUUAAUCAUCAAGGCGAUUCUGGAGCCAUAUUUCCAGCCUCAACUGCCGCAGACGUUGGUAGAAAAGUUUGGCAAGUGGGCAGUAAUCACCGGUUCAACGGAUGGCAUUGGACGGGAAUAUGCUAAAGAAUUGGCCAAACAAGGCAUAAAUGUGGUGCUCAUCUCGCGUACCAAGGAGAAGCUCAUAGCGGUGGCAGAGGAGAUCGAAAAUGAGUACAAAGUGAAGACAAAAUGGAUCGUAGCAGACUUCUCCAAAGGGCGUGAGGUGUAUACACACAUUGAACGGGAGCUGAGUGGCAUACCAGUAGGCAUAUUGGUUAACAAUGUUGGCAAAAUGUACGACUACCCGGACGAACUCUCCCACAUACCUGAAAAUACCAUUUGGGAUCUGAUCAAUAUAAAUGUCGCCGCUGUAACCAUAAUGUCACGUAUGCUCAUACCAGAGCUAAAGAAGCAGAAACGUGGUGCCAUUGUCAAUAUAUCCUCUGGCAGUGAAUUACAACCUAUACCUUAUAUGGCGGUGUAUGCCGCUACCAAGCGCUAUGUGAAAUGUUUCUCUCAGGCGAUCGAGCGUGAAUUAGCCGAACAUAAUAUAACAGUACAGUGUGUCACACCGCUCUUUUUGGUCACAAAAAUGAAUCAAUAUUCCGAUACCGUGAUGAAAGGUGGCUUUCUAAUACCGGAUGUGAAGAGCUUUACACGCUCAGCCGUUUUUACUUUGGGCAAAACGGCGGAAACGACGGGCUAUUGGACACAUGGCUUGCAGUAUUUUUUCAUGAAACUGAGCCCAGAGUGGCUGCGCAUACGUAUUGCCCAUGUGAUGACACGACAGUUGCGUCUAGAGUACCUGACGACCCAUGGAAAAAAGGUCUGAAAGACUGAAACAGGAUGUAUAAAUUUAUUAAAUUUUCGAUAUUUUCAUUAUCAUUCACUUACUCACGUAUUGUAUAUACAUACAUCCACAUAUUGCGCUAAGCAUUCAUCCUUCAUCUAUGUACAGAUAACCUGAAAUAUUGAUUUAACAAUUUUUGGUUUUUUGAGGUUAAUAAUAAACUUUUAGGUUAAAAAUCUGAAAUUUUAUGAAGUUUCUGAAAUAAUAUUAAUAAUGAAAUAAUAUAAUUCUGAAAUAGUAAAGUAUGUGUUAAAAUUAAUUAGUAUUAAGCAGUGUGAAAAAAGUUUGUUGGAGUCUAACUUUCACGGCCAGUGCUAGUUUAGACGUUUGGAGUUUCUACGGCCGAGUUCAAUGGACCGAAAAUUAAACUAGUUGCAGAAAUUCCCUAAAUAAAGAAAAACUUUACAACGAUUGUGCGCCUCGCUUUGAUACAAAAAUUGAGUUAUGAUAACACAAGUGGAAGCAGGUUGUGUAUAAAUGAAGAAACUUUAAUACAAUUCAUCAAGUUGUCACAAAAAAAGUCGUGAAGGCAUCUCUACUAUAAUUUUUCCACGAGGGACCCCACCUUAACUGGAAUUAGCCACAACACACACGAGAACUGUGUUAGCUGAGUUGGUAAAGUUUCUCACUCGUCUAGCGAUGAUUCUAAGCGAUCCAUGCUUGGAAAUGAAGUUAUGAGAGGUAUAAAAUAGAGCUCUUGAUAUUCGGCUAAUCGACUCACCGGAUCAUAUAUAUCAUCUAGCGAAAGGUCCUCUAUUCGAAUAAUCGAUUUUCAAGUUAUUCGAAUAAUAUAAGAGCCCUAGUUUAAAGCAUAAUUUUUUAAAAAAAUUCAAAUGGGAACCUAAUACAUAUUGGAACUUGUAUUGCUAUUGCACAAAAUUAUAUUCCUGGAUAACAAACGGAGAGCAUAGGGAUAUGACAUGAAGUUGACGUAAUCAUUUAAAAGAGGUAAAGAGCGGCUUAUGACUCCCUGGAGGGCAGUAAAAGGUUAUUAUAACUCAGAACGCAGCAGACGGAGAAGCCAAGUAAAAGAGCAAGAUAAUCUGGUAAUCUGAGUAUGUCCACAAUGUUUCUAGCUUCGGAGAAAAGAAUUUUGGGAUGCUGGAACAUCGCCCAAUAUAUUCAAGUUGACGAAUCGUAAAGAAAAGUUCAGGAUUUUCAGCAAAGGUCGAAACUAUACAAAUAUUCUAUAUCUCAUAUAUAUAUAUUAUAGUACAGACUAUCAGAACGUCUUAGAGCUGAACACAAUAAGUACGCCGCUUUCUUUGGUGCUACUGAAACUGCGUUUAUUUUGAUUGGAGCAUAAUGAAGAUUGGAAUAAACUGGCCAACUCGGCGCUCAGAUUCAAAUACAGUGAUUUUUGAAGGAAUUGGAGACUGCGAAAUUUUUGUGAGGCAUCUGUCAAGUCACUGUUGAAAAAAUUUUCACUUUUAGAACGCUAAGCAGUUAGAAAACGAUCAGAUAUUAGAUAUGGUUGAUGUAAGUUUAAAAAAGUUUUGUUUUCGUGUUUUCAUAACAAAUAAAGAAUUUGUAUCCCUUCCA